UAAAUUGCUGUGAUUAUCCUGUCAUAAUUCAAAUACUUUAAUAUUAUCACAGAAAACAACAGAAAACCACAUAUGGCAUCUAAUGUGGUUUUUCUAUUGUUUUUUGUGUGGUAUACCAAAGCAUUUGAGCAGAUAAUUAUGACGGGAUAAUCACUGGUCCGGACCGAACCAAGCGAACCGAACAUGUGUGAACACCCAGAGAACGACAGCGGACUUAUCAAGGGACCUUCCCAAAUUUUUUUUUUCCAGCAAGUCAAUUCAGUCUCACUUUCACUUUACAUUUAACAUCAGCUGUUCUCGGAACAGCCCCAACUCCUUUCACCCCAAUAGCGACGGUCCUGAUCUAUACCUGUUGCUGGACGAGAGAUGGCGAGUGUUUUACGGAUGCUUUUUGUUGUUUUCUGUCCUUUAUUGGUUCUGUCUGAGAGUGGAGAUGAUGAUUGGUCUGAGAAAGAAGUGACCUGCACAUCCAUAUUGACCCUCAAACAGAGCAACCUCACCUGUUCGCUAAAUGAUGAAUCCAACAAGGAGGUCGAAUUUGCAAAACUCUGCCAAAUGACAGAGAAAAAAAAGUGUAAACAUGCUACUCUAGGACCAGAAGACUUUACUUUUGAGAAUGUGAGGAUAAUGGAAAGAUACAAGCUUGAAGUAUACUUAAGAGAUGAGGUUAUUGAACAAGUCAUCGACAUGCUAAAAAUUGUCAAAAUCCCAGCUCCUGAUAUAAAGCUUGCCACUUACAUGGAAGACACAGAAGAAGUUUUCAUAUGGCUUGAACACAGUCAUGAAUAUGUUUCCAAGCCUUCCUUUCAAGUGGAAAUCUGGGGGGACAAACUCGCAAACAAGUCCAUCAGCGCUACUAUUAAUUACAGGAACUUCAGUAUCAGCAGGGACAGACUCGGUGGAGAUGGUGUUUACUAUACACGUGUUAGAGCAAAACCUGUGGAUUUCUUUAGCGGCGACUGGAGUAAGUGGAGCUCAACUGUCAGCUUCACUAUAAAAACAAACAGUACUGAGCUUCUAAAGAUCACGUCACGAUCAUCACUUCACAUCGCCGUCGGCUUCUCCAUCUUUCUGGUGCUCAUCAUCAUCAUCAUCAUCAUUUUGGGGGUCUUGCUAUGGAGAAUGCAUAUAAAAGGCUACUUCACAGCAAAACAUCCCGCUGCCGAAAGCAACUCUCACACGAAUGCGAAGGGCGAAAGAGAAACGCACAUCAUGGACACUGUACCGGCCCAGUCCCUUGAUGCCUGCGGACCCUCGUGCCAAACACCACAGCCUCAGAUGCCCUGAACGAUCUGCCAGCUGCUUCUUGGCAUUGACUGCCAUCUCUCAUGUGCCUGCCAUCAUACAGCUAUCUGAUCCAAAGCGAUUUUUCACCUUAUUUGUUAGGGUGCGCUCUUCAAAAUACAGGUUCUUUAUUGGCACUGAUGCCAAUAACAUUUAACCUUUCUAUUGCACAAAAGGUUCUUUAGAUUUUUUUUUAAAAAAUGGUCUUCCAACUAAGAAAAAAAUGUUUUUUUUAAGAACUGUACCCUUGAAUAUUGUUUGGUAAAAUGGGUCUUUGAUUGCUGAGCGGUUUUUGUUGACCCUCCAUUAUGGAGUAUAGUGUGUAUAUAGUUUUAAAUUCAAAUUUGUAACACAGAACUCAAACUGAUAUUCAUGAUAUGACUUUUAAUAACAAAUACAGUAAUGCAACAGGUUUAUAAGAACAUCAACUGUAAAAUUUCAGCUUUGUGACAGUACUUCCAACAGGCUUUUGUGUAUUCUCAAGAUCUCAACAGUUUAUAUUUUGUUUUUAAGUGAUGUCCAGAACUGUCCAAGUACAAAUAAAAUCCUUCCCAACCCUUA